AUGCUAAUCUUUGAAUUAGCAAGAAAGAAGCCAUAUGGCCUUCGUCUUCACCCACCUCCAGCACCGCCAACCCUUCUUCAAUCAUCCAUCACAAUUCAGGCUUUCUCUACAAGAAAACCUACAACUACAUCCUCCACAUUCAGAAAAACCCUAAUCGGCAGCCACAUUUUGACGUCAGGAUCUUUAUCUCCUAUUGGGGGCCCUAGUAGUUUCCUUGAAGGAGAUGAUAACAGCAACAUCAGACUGAAUGCUAAAGCAAUUCCCUCAGCACUGAAUGAGAUGUCAUCUUCUAGUAGCAACAAUAACACCCAUUUUGGAUGGACAUCUUCAGAUGAUGAAGAUGAAGAAGAUGCCAUGGAUCGUGAUCUAGAUGAUGGAGGUGGGAAGAGUGCAAGAAGCUAUAGGAAGAAAAGAAAGGCGCAGUAUGAUGAAUAUCGCAAAGUGAAAGAGUUACAGAAGAAGAAAUCAGUGAAAAAGGAUGAUGAAAAGCAAUCCAUUGUUGAUGGGGUAUUUCCGGUAUUUGGUUACCCGUUGGUGGUGAACUCGGCUGUUUACAGCAUUAAUCCAUUUAGGUUUAUUGGAGUUGGAUUAUCUGUUUGGACUUUUGCAGCAUCUGGAUGUGGGAUUUCAAUUGACUUUUGGUCAAUCACUAUCUGCAGAAUAGUGCAUACAUAUAUGAUGGAGCUUCAAGUAGUUAACCUGUCUAAUUCCAAAAAUGGAAGCUGCCAGUGUCAAGGGAAAAUAAGGCUCGAUGCGUCUUUAAAAAUUCAUGGUAUAAAUGCUUACCUUGAUGACCCUCCUGGCCUUCAACACUCCCAGAUUAUAACAUUAAAAUCAAUAACAGUUCAACUUUUAACACUAAGGAAGGAUAAAUGGUCUCUUGGGAAAAGUGGAAAGCUCUCAUUAAGACGCAUUGACCAGAUUUACGUUGUUGGUCAACAAGGGCCUCACAUGGAGGUGAUGUCCCCUGUAUCAAAAGGUGUUCAUAUGUAUAAUAUGAAUAGGCUUCUGGUGUUCAUGUAUCGUGAGUUUCGUGCUCUUCAAAAACGUGGCUUGACAUCUGCCAUUCGUGCCAAUGAGAGCCACGAAAGAAUAUUGGAAAUUAGUAAUAGGGUUAUGAACACUAGUAGGAGGGCAGACAUUUUGUGCUUGAUUCGACCAGAUCGUCAAACCUUGUAUUGGAGUGCUACAUGGCCAAAGGAAGUCGAACAACUUGCAAGGCAAUUUCUUUACAACCCAUACAAAGUGGUGAUUGGUUCACAAGACUUAAAAGCUAACCAUUCGAUUCAGCAACAUGUGGAUAUGGUUACUCAGAAUCAAAAGUACAACAAAUUGGUGAAACUGUUGGAUGACAUCAUGGAUGGGAGUAGAAUUCUAAUUUUUAUGGGCACGAAAAAAGGGUGUGACCAAAUCACCCGCCAUCUCAGAAUGGACAGGUGGCCCGCAUUAUUAAUCCAUGGAGAUAAAAGUCAAGCAGAAAGAGAUUGGGUUUUAUCCGAAUUCAAAGCUGAUGUGAAGGAUGUGAAAUAUGUGAUAAAUUAUGAUUUCCCGGGUUCCUUGGAAGAUGAUGUUCAUAGGAUUGGGAGAACAAGAAGAGUUGGGGCUAAAUGGACAACAUACACUCUCUUUACAACAACAAAUGCUUGGUUUACUAAAGAACUUAUUGCCAUACUUCAGGAGGCCGGUCAGAAAGUCAACCCUGAUUUAGCGGCAAUGGGGUCAUGGGGUUUCGUGACGGAUGAGAAGGGUGUGACGGAUGUAUUGCAGGAUAAGUUGGAUAAGGAACUAAAGUUUACAGCUUACUCCAUGUGGUGGUGGACAAUACUAAGACAACUUGUAAUGUUGAUGAUAGCCAAAGCUGAACCCCAACACAGUACUUUGAUGGAACUUGUUCGAGUUCUUGCUCUAUCAUUUUCAAAUGAUGGAAAACGUGUUAAGGAUCCAUGGGAGAAGGAGCACUUGCAUGAAUGUCAUUACAGCUUGCAGGAACAAGAAAGAUUUUGGAGUACAUGGACCGGGAUCCCAAAUUGGUAUGGCAUUUUGGAUCCCCUUCAAAGCAAGGUGUCUCAAGGACCUAGAUGCAUUCACUGCAGCUAUUGUUGUGAGUAUUGCCUUCUCUUUCAUUACUGCUACGUUAACUGUUGCUAUUAUGAAGGUAGGCCACUGUCCUGUUGUAUUUUUGACAUAAUUGACAAGGAGCUGUUGCAUCUAUUCAGACUAGGCUUAGAGCAAUGGUUGCAAGAGAUGAGUUCAGAAGAAGAAGAAACAAGGCUGAAACUAUAG